GCGCCCACCGCCGGAUGGCCUCCCCUGGCGGGCCCACUACGAGAACGAACCAACUCACGCGUGCACGUGCCCUCGCUAUUAGCAGCGGCGGGGCUGCUUGACCAGCAGGAGGCGGCGGGAUGGAGCACGCACCCGCUCACGCACGACUGGUGGCAGCCGACAGUGGAGGCCUUGCAGCAAGCGGACCCCGUGCCAGCCGAGACCUUCGCCCAAGGGCUGGAGUUCGCAGGGGCCAGCCCAGGGGCGAUAUAUGCCGUGAUCGCCGCUGGGGGCGGAGCACGCCCUGGACACGUGCACCUGCCGCCUGCGGUCAGAGCGCUGGCGGACAGCGCUGGCUACAUCGACAACCUCGCCCAGGACCUCUUGCUCGAGCUCUUCGGGGGGGUCGUGCUGGCGCGGGGGGUCGACCGGCGCGCAGACGAGCUCCGCGACCCGGCCAGGAGAGAGGCGGGGCAGCAAAGGAUCCCCAAGGAGCAACUCCUGGAGAGGUUCACCCGCUUCGAGGCUGGAGACUGGGCGCAGCUUCUGACGGAAGCACAGCCGGGCCCGCCGCGCAGGCCGCCCGAGCGAGACGCGAACGGGCAGAGCAGGGCGCCCGAGGCACGACGGGGCCGGGCGCCAGACGAAAACGAGGAGCUCCGCAGCCGCUGCGAGAGGGCCCGCGAGCUGAUCCGCCUCGGCGAGGUCUCGGCGGCGCAGCAAGCGCUGACAGCGAGCGCGGUGGCACCAGGCACACAGGCCACUCUGGACGAACUCCGGGACCCGGCACGCCGCCUGCAGCAGCCGAGAGAGCAGCUCAGCGAGCGAGCCGCCCGCGCGCCGCCGCAAGGCCUCGCCAGCCUGGAACCAGACCGCCUCCUCACGAACGUGCGCAGGAGUCGCCGGGGCGCUGCGCCGGGCCCCUCAGGGAUGACGGGAGAACACUUGCAGACGCUGCUGGACGACGAGCACUGCUGCGACCUCCUGCACCACGCUGCCACGCUCCUUGCGAGGGCGGAAAUCCCUGGCCCCGUGGCAGAGGCCCUCCGGCUCGGCCGCCUCACGGCGCUGCGCAAGAGCAACGGGAGGGCGCGAGGCAUUGUGACCGGCGACGUCUUCAGGAUACCACACGUCGGGGACCUGCAAUCCUCGUGGCUCCUGCUCAGCAUGUGCGCCAACCCCCGGGCCAACUUCUUCCUGAGGGCGCUGGCUCCCGAGGACACGGCCGCCUUCGCCGCAGCGCACGACGACAACCUGGCCAACGCGCUCGCCGACUUGCUGGAACUCCCGCAAGAAGCUGUCGCAGAAGGCACGUCAGCGCGCCAACGCUGCCAACUGCCGCUUUGCAUGGGGGGGCUCGGCCUGCGAAGCGCGUCCAGGACGGCGCCGGCGGCCUGGUGGGCUUCCUGGGCAGACUGCGCGCAGAUGCUCCGCGAACGCUGCCCCGAGCUCACAAACCAGAUCUGCGCUGCACUGAGCGAGCUGGACCGGGGCCCGCUGCCGGCCGCUCCCGGGUGCUUACAACAAGCCAGCAGGGCAAAGGAGCACCUCUCGGCGCACGGCUUCGCCGCGCCCAACUGGCACGACCUUGCGCAGGGCCCUGGCCCGGCCGGCUCCGCUCCGUGCCCGGGCAAGGCCGCCCGCGAAGGGGCGCGCUGGCAGGCGGCUAGCGGGUGGGCCGGCGGAGUCUGCGAGCAGCACUUCAGCCAGGAGGGCCGGCGCGGCCCGCGCCUUCUGCUUGGCAAGCAGGCGUACCAGCUGGAGGGAAUCGCGGCCCCACCUGCCUCCGACCUCGCAGGUGUGCGGGAGGAGCGGCAGUGGGAGCCUGAGGCGCCGGCGCAGGGCUGCCAGGGCAGCGGCGGCGAAUCCAAGCAGGUCCAUGGACUCUUCGUGCUCCAGCAGCGGCUUGAGGUGCUCAACGCGGACCCCCGACGGGCCGUUCGCGUGCUGGUCUCCAGGCAGCUCCGGCUCCUGGGGCGCCUCUGGCGGUGGGAGCGGCGGCGGAGGCGCCGCGUCUACCCAGAAGCUUGGGUUGCGCAGCUCGUUUGUGCGUGCGUCAACUCCUCGUGCGAGCACGCCGCCGCCGAAGGCUUCGAGGAGGAGGUCUUGCACCAGCGGCUGUAUGUAGCCGGUGCUGCUGUGCGCCACUGCCUGGACGACUGGCGCAAAGGAUACGUGCCCUGGGCGCUCUCCUCCGUCUGCAGCAAGCACCGCUGGUACUUCCCCGGGCCGAGCGUCGACGGCGCCAAAGUGGUCCGGCACGGCUGGCGCGCCAAGCUGAAACCCUGCGGCUUGUACCCGGAGCAGAACACGUGGUGGGGUCUCUUCCUGCGACGGGAUUGGCGCCGCGCCGCCGGGUCCUGGGUGGCUGGCCUCGCCCACUCGAACGCCUCGGUAACCCCAUCGCGCGUCGCGGCGGCUUUUGGAGGGGUUGCGCUGGUGCUGCUGCUCGUGGUGGUGCACGUCGUGGUGGUCUUGGUCGCUGCGUUGUGCUGUGCGCUGGUGUUCUUGCGCGUGGUGCUGGUCGCAGUCGUGGACGUUGUUGCCGCUGCGGUGCUCCUCGUCGCGCUGGUGUUGCUGCGCGUGGUGUUGGUGGUCGCGGUGGUCGCUCUGCUGGUGCAACAUCGUGGGCUGCCACUGGACGGAAGUGGCAUCCUCGUGUUGGCCACGCUCUGCGGUCCCCUUGCUGGCGUUGGCUCGGCAGCGUUCCUCUUCCGCUGGCGGGCGCGUUGGCGUGCGCUCGGCUGCAGGGUCGGGCUGUCCGUCUCCAGCGUCCCCACCCCGGCCUGCCUCAUGACGGUGGAACCGGUCCUCGAGGUAGGUCUGUCGCCUGGAGAAAGCUUCCUGCUGCCGCAUGGUCUCGGCAUGUUCGUGGUAGGUGACCACAGAGCGGCGUGCCCAAGGGCAGGGGUGCUCAAGAAGAGAUCCAUCCCAUUGGAGAAAGCGGCUGCACGUAUCUGCCGCGAGGCCGGGGGCCGAGUCGCAGAGAACCAGCUCCUGCGAGACCUCAACGUGGACGGCGUCGACCCCCGCGACGGGCGCAAGAUCGAGGUCAUCGCGAACGGCCUGCCGCUCUGGGGAGGAGCGCAGCUGGCGAUUGACGCGACCCUGGUGUCGCCAGUCCGCACCGACGGCACCGCGCAGCCCAGAGCCGCGGACGAGGACGGAGUCCAGCUCGCGGUCGCGCGGGGCCGGAAGGAAGCGACCUACCCCGAGCUCAUCGGGUCAAGGAGAUGCCGAUUGGUGGUGCUGGGCUUGGAAGUCGGCGGCAGGUGGUCCGAGGAGGCCCUGACCUUCGUCCGGCUGCUCGCCAGGACCAGAGCCCGCAGCGCGCCGCAGCGACUCCGAGCGUCGGCGCGGGCGGCGUACCUACACCGCUGGACAGGCUUGGCUGCGGUCGCGGCCCAGAGAGCGUUCGCGGCCACGCUGCUGGAGCUGCCGCCGCACACCCUGGCCGUCGACGGGGACAAGCCGCACCUCGCCGACCUCCUGGCGGACGCCCGCUACACGGAGACGCCG